AUAAUCAUAUACGCAAUCAGCCUGACUCCGUUGAGCAAGCCAAAAAUCCGGCUAAGCAAGUUUGACUUCGCUAUCUUCGAUGACUUCUUGACGUUAAGCGUCCGUCAACCUGUAAAGCCUUUGGGAUCGAUAUCACGACUUGAUCUUCCCAUACAACUUUCCCAGACAGAGACAUAUCAUCCGUAGGAAUAAACGAAAUGGCCGAGCAAAACGUCCCUACCUUCAAGUUGGUUCUGUGUGGUGACGGUGGUACCGGAAAGACCACCUUCGUCAAGCGACACUUGACCGGAGAGUUCGAGAAAAAAUACAUUGCUACUCUCGGUGUCGAGGUCCACCCCCUCAACUUCCACACCAACUACGGUACCAUUAUCUUCAACUGUUGGGACACCGCCGGUCAGGAGAAGUUUGGAGGUUUGAGGGACGGUUAUUACAUUCAGGGACAAUGUGGUAUUAUCAUGUUCGACGUCACUUCCCGAAUCACCUACAAGAACGUUCCCAACUGGCACCGAGACUUGGAGCGAGUCUGCGAGAACAUUCCUAUCGUUCUGUGUGGUAACAAGGUCGACGUCAAGGAGCGAAAGGUCAAGACUUCGGGUGUCACCUUCCACCGCAAGAAGAACUUGCAGUACUACGAGAUUUCGGCGAAGUCGAACUACAACUUCGAGAAGCCUUUCUUGUGGUUGGCCAGGAAGUUGGUUGGUAACCCCCAACUAGACUUUGUCGCUGCUCCUGCCCUCCGUCCUGCCGAGGUUGAGAUCGACGCCGCUCAGCAGGCCAUCUACGAGAAGGAGUUGGAGGCUGCCGCUGCCGCACCUUUGCCUGAUGAGGAUGACGACUUCUAGGCGAUUCCGCAUCUCGCACAGAUAGAUCCCUCACGACCCCAUAAAACUCUGAAUGUCAUUGCCUCCGACAUACCUUCAUGUCCUCCUUUCAUAUCGUUUUGUGUUUGUCAUGAAGAGCAGUUCCGCCUGUCACGCUGUAGACGAUUCGAAACGAUCCCGCCGUAUACAAAAAGGUUUCUGGAGCCUUAUAACUGGAUCGAAUCUCACUGCCAACGCAAUCCUGACGAAAGUUAUACGAGGGCUAUGGCAUCGAAAAUCUUUCAGUUCUUGAUUUGAGGGGCCCUGUGUUGUGAAGCGUUAUAUACCGAAC